AUGGCUAGCUGUCAAAAGCAAAUUAUAUUCUCUGUCGCUGGUGUGCUUUGCUUUGGUUGUGUUCUGGUCGUGGCUGCCACGAUGGGGACGCAGUUUUGGGUUCUGUGCAAGACGGGCGCGCAGAUCGUCAACGCGUCCGGAGCAGAGCUGGAGAAAUUCAUCGGAAGGACGAGCUAUGGACUUUUCCACGGCCAGGGCAUGAAACAGUGUGGUCUGGGAGACAGACCCUUUUAUUUCGCUUUUUUCCCUGACCUGAUGGACGUGGGUCCGGCCAGUCUCCAUGUGAGCGUGAUCUUCUUCUGCGCGGUGCUCAUCGUCUUCUCCUCAGUGUCCUGUGCUUUCUUCUUUUACAAUGCUUUCGGAAGCCCAUAUGAGACACUGCAUGGACCCCAGGGCCUUUACCUCUGGAACAUGAUAAGCUGUUUGUGCGCCUGCAUGGUCCUCAUCCUGUUCUCCUCGGAGGUGAAGCUGCACCACCUGACCGAGAUCAUCUUCAACUUCAACGAGGCCAGCUUCGUCUACAAGAUGCAAAACGAGAGGUACGACAGAUCCUUCUGGCUCGUCUUCCUCACCUUCCUCAUGCACAGCCUCAACAUCUUGCUCAUCCGCCUGGCCGGGAUCCAGUUCCCCUUUCAGGAGGCCAAAGAGUCUGAUGCGAGCACAGGAGCGGCGGAUCUCAUGUACUGACCAGCUCUUUUGUUCUACUUCCUCCCCUGCACACGACAUCCUACC